AUGUCAGAAGAAAGUAGUAAGAAGAGCUCUGAAGUCAGAAGACCGACGAACGAAGACCCAAGAUUGAGGUUACACCAACAACAACCACCAGCUGCCAGCUGCCUAGGAACCGAGCCCCUGAGCGACGCCGAGGGAUUCUCUCGCCUGAUGGGGGGCUCGAACAUGAACAUGAACAUGGGGAACAUGACGUCACUCUCCACCUGCAGUAUGGGGGACAACAAGGCCAUGCAGUUCCCACUCUCUCAGCGGAGGAAGAGGCGGGUGCUGUUCACCCAAGCACAGGUGUACGAGCUGGAGAGACGCUUCAAGCAGCAGAAGUACCUCAGUGCGCCCGAGAUUGAGCAGCUGGCCGCCCUCAUUCACCUCACGCCCACUCAGGUGAAGAUCUGGUUCCAGAACCACCGGUACAAGAUGAAGCGCGCGGCGAAGGAGAAGGCCAUGUCGGACCACAACUCCAGUAGCGGCCAGGCAGCUGGGUCUCCCCGGCGGGUAGCCGUGCCGGUGCUGGUGAAGGACGGCAAGCCCUGCCCCAGUGUGGACGACGCCGACACGCCCUCGCAGUCCACGCCCACCUCCACGCCCAUCACCUCCCAGCCGCAGCCGGUGCACCACACGCCCUCGCACCAGCACCACGACCACCACCACACGCCCUCCUCCUACUCCGGCUCCGUCCACCUGGCGGGGUCACACGUGAUCAGCGGCCUGAGCGGGUGUUCCUCGCCGAUGAUGACGGAGCCGGUGGUGGUGGGCGGGGUGCCGCCCUCGGCCGCCUGCCUCCCGCCCGUCUCCUCCAUCGGCGGCGACUACGCCCGGAUGACGCCGCCCACACACCACAUGGUCACACCGCCCGCCACGCCCCACAACCCCCCCAAUAUGUGUUACUUCCCUCUGCAGGGCCGCACCUGGUGAACUCUUCCCUAGUGUUGCCCUAGUGCUGGCCUAGUGUUAGCUAGUGUUGCCCUAGUGCUAGCUAGUGUUGCCCUAGUGCUGGCCUAGUGCUAGCUAGUGUUGCCCUAGUGCUGGCCUAGUGCUGGCUUAGGGCUGGCCUAGUGUUAGCUAGUGUUGCUCUAGUACUAGCCUAGUGUUGCACUAGUGUUAGCUAGUGUUGCUCUAGUACUAGCCUAGUGUUGCACUAGUGUUAGCUAGUGUUGCUCUAGUACUAGCCUAGUGUUGCACUAGUGUUAGCUAGUGUUGCUCUAGUGCUGACCAGUGCUGCCCUAGUUCUGGCCUAAUGCUACACUAGUGUUGUACUAGGGCGGCUUUAGUACCUCACUACCGCUAGUUGCAGCCAGUACCUCACCACUACCAAUAUUCCAAAUACCACUAGUACCUGCAGGUUGCCAGAAGCACCAGCCUACUGCUGGUGUAAACAUUGGCUGCCACUACCCCCAUACCUGAUGAUUGUAUGCCCAGUCCUUCCUUGUCCUCAACCCCGUACAUAGACCUUGUUUAUUUACACCACCUGUUCCUCAUCACCACCUGCUCCUCAUCACCACCU